CCCAACUGGGACUUUUCUUUUAAAAUCGGGUUUCCAUUUAACGGUUCUUCCUGCUGCCUUCAGUCUCUCACUCUGUUUAGGGUCCGUCAGGCUGCGGCGCUGAGCGCGGAUGCACGGUGUCGGUGUGUUUACUCGCUCUGUAAUGUAGAAUAACCUGCCUAUUGACACGGCGAUCAGGGUGAACAUACGAUCAGUGACCAGCAGCGGACCAGCCUGACUUAUUUCAGCAUGAAUGAGCCAGAAGGACUGCGGUUCCGGAGGAUAAACAGACCUCAGAUAAUAACAGACGAGACCCAUGAACCCCAAUACAAAGGCACGAGCACGUACAGUGGGAAGGUGUUCAGAGUUACUUUGCUCACACUGGGUGGAUUCCUGCUGUUCCCGCUGCUGGUAGUCGUUUUCCUGCUGGAGUCCCCGAUUCAGCCGGAGGCGUUCAGCCUCAACGAGCCACCCUUCAUGACUGGCUGCUUUGAACCCAACCUAAAGCUGAGACAGGCGGAGAGACUGUUUGAGGAUCAGCUCAUUGGGCCUGAAUCUAUUGCCAAUAUUGGAGAUGUUCUUUACACUGGUACUGCGGAUGGAAAGAUAGUGAAAAUUGACGGAAGAAAAAUGAGUGUUUUGGCAACUCUUGGCAAGCCGCCAUGUGGGUCUCGAGAGCAGGAGCAUGUUUGUGGACGGCCUCUUGGAAUCAGAGUGGGUUCCAAUGGCACCUUGUUUGUAGCUGACGCCUACUUGGGGCUGUUCGAGGUUAAUCCUGUCACAGGCGAGUCAACCCUUCUGGUCAGCACUCGGAAGAUGGUUGGGGGCCGGCGUUUAUCCUUUAUCAACGACAUGGAUGUGACUCAGGAUGGGAAGAAGGUGUACUUCACUGACUCUAGCAGCAGGUGGCAGCGUAGAGACUACCUGAGCCUCAUCAUGGAAGCUACAGCUGAUGGACGGGUUCUGGAGUAUGACACGGAGACCAAAGAGGUUACUGUGAUGAUGGAGAACUUGCGCUUUCCUAAUGGAAUCCAGUUGUUUCCUGAUGAAGAGUCUGUUCUUGUUGCUGAAACAACAAUGGCAAGAAUAAGAAGGGUUCACGUGGCUGGACUCAAUAAAGGAGGCAUGGAUACUUUCAUAGACAAUCUCCCUGGUUUUCCAGACAACAUCCGGCGCAGCUCCUCAGGGGGUUACUGGGUGGUCAUGUCAGCUGUGAGGCCUAAUCCUGGUUUCUCCAUGCUUGAUUUCCUGUCCCAAAGGCCUUGGAUUAAAAAGCUUCUAUUUAAGCUCUUCAGCCAGGACAUGAUGAUGAAGUUUGUGCCUCGCUACAGCCUGGUGGUGGAACUACAGGAUGGAGGAACGUGUGUGCGGAGUUUCCACGAUCCCCACGGCAUGGUGGCUGCCCAUAUUAGCGAGGCCCAUGAGUACAAUGGCCACCUCUACCUGGGCUCCUUCCGUUCACCUUACCUGUGUAAGCUAGACCUCAGCAAAGUGUGAAAUAACCCUCCUGUUCAGCAGAAUAAGGAGCCACUGAGGCAUUUCUUGGGGCUGCUUUUCCUUCGUCAUUUCACGCCUCUUCCAGGAAAGAAGCAAUUAACACUUCUGGCACAUUAACUGGAGCCACAGCAACCGAUCCCUUGUAUUCCCAUCCAACAACCCCAAUCCCUCAGACGCACUGAUGGAUAUGAUACUGUUACCAUGUCCUUUUUAGCUCUUACAUAUGCUUGAACUUUGAUUCUGCUCUGUCAUGUGGGUGUGACUUUACAUUUAGUUGUCCUGUUUUACAUCUUGUGGUGUGUCAUUAGCACAUCUGGAGAAUAUGCUAGGUUGCUUUAUUUGAGUUGGCAUUUCUAUUUUCGUUUUCCUCCCUGUGAGAGAGAGCACAUUGAGCACAUGCUCUUUUGUUUUAUUUGCACUGAAGAACUGUCAUCUAGCCCUUAAAAUAGAGCUGCUGUUUUCCUUCUGCAAACUGUGACAAAUAUCAAAGCAGGUGAUGACUUGUGAAGUGAACUUCCAGUUACAGUGCCAAAAAAUGUUGCUUGGGAACACAAACACUUUUACAGAUUCAUCUGUCCCAGUACUAUCCCCUAGCUUGGUCUAAUACGUUUAAAAUUAGUUUUGUAUAAUUGCAUUUUCAGUGUUUUUUUUAUUUGAUACUUUGUGUCAUAUUUUGUGCUUUGCACAGUUUUUGUUCGUUGGUCUGAUCUUCUUUAGACCUUGCAUUAACCCUGUGUUUCAAGUCUGGAGAUACUUUAGCUGGAUUCUAUUUAUACUUUUCACAAAAAUGGAUCCCUAGUCUGACUAGAUGAGAUGCAAUUUUACUUUCCUGCUUAAAAAGCACAUGCGUUAUUUACUGUAACAUUCUGUUGACAUCUGUUCCUACUAGUCAUCUGUUGGAUACCUUCAUCAGCCCAGAGUGCAAGAACAGACUACAGCUUUGCGUGUUCUCCAUUUAGCUUUUCCUUGUUUAGCCUGUCACCUGGUGGUCAAGAUACCUCUCAAGAUGCAUCUCUGACCACAUCAGAAUAUGAUACAAGUGAUCCACUCGUAAUCUUAUUACAAUGCAUCCUGGGUGUGCGUAACAUCUAGCUUUUUAUGCAGUAAAGUGAAAACCAAACACGAUCUCUGAUCACCAGAAACUUGUGUUGAUGCAAGGUGUAAACAGCCUCCCUGAGCUUCCGUUAGCCAAGACAGUUUUUCUCUGGAAAUGGUAUUAAUAAGUAGCAAUAAUCUCUUUCUGGAUGCUUACACCAGUUAGUUGAUCUGUGGCACCUCGGUCACGCACAUUUCAUGGAAGAGACGGUGUAGUUUGACCAAGGAAAAAAAAUGAAAUAUGUUCAGAUGAACGUAAAUUCUUCACUCACUACUACAGGUGGGAAUUUCUAGGUACAUCAAAAUUGGAAAUCUAAAUUCUUAAUGCAUCCUGAUUUUUGUUAAUCUUUACAAGUAGUGUUAGUUUAAUUUGAACAUAGCUAUGUCUACUGCUAAGUCUGCUGCCCCACAUCCUUACAUUUCACUAUCAAAUGUUUUUUUUAAACAAAAAAAAAACUUUAAUUUUGUUCUUUAUGGCACACUGCACACAGUAUGACCAACGGAGUUUAUUUUUCAUCAGAAAAGUUUGGAACCGUUGACAUUUUUCAAUAAAAACACUUGUGUACAGUCGUAUGCAUACAUUUGAAUACCCCUGGUCAAAUUACAUCUUUUGUUGAUUUUUUAAGUGUAAAGAAAUUAACAUCUUCUGCAGGAUAUAUAAUAAAAUUUUCUGUUGAUUUUAGUUCAUUUUUAUUUAUCUGCUGGGUGUACACUGUAGAAAGACUUGGGUUCAGACUAAGAUAAUGACUUCAUGUGGAAACAAGUAAAUUAGUGUUAUUCAACCUAAAUAAAUGUUUUGGAUGAA